AGUCUGUGACUAACCUCGUGAGCAUAGGGUUGUGUCAGUCCGCGUCCUCCACCGUAUACUCCUGCAGAAAAGAAAAAGAAAAGGCCAGUUUAAACCCCCUAUUAACAUGUGCUCAAAUUGAAAAAAUAAAGCUAAAAAAAAACUACAAUAAAAUGUUUCCCGUCUCGCCAAGAGAAUCUUUUGAGCCUUUCCCAUGAUUAGGAGUGAAAAAAGGGUUGGGGCGACCGUGAUAAGGAAUAAGAGCCUUUAAUCCAGUGGGACUUAAGGAGCAAAGUCCGGGAAAAAAUGGAUCCGGCCAGAAUUCUCCAGAUCAUUACGAACAGCACUUGGAUGGUGACCAAAUUGGUGGGGAGUGGACCAGUGGAAUUCGACAAGCCCCAAUAUCUCACCGAAAUUCUGGAAAACACAAACCGAGAUUUGCUCGUACAGCUCAGAGCCAGAGUACAACCCCAAGUGAGCGGGCCGGUUGAGUUCCGGAUAAAGGAAGGCAACGAGAGCGGAUAUUUUAACCUAGAUCGACAGACCGGCCGCCUCACACUCAAUACACCUCUCGAUUACGAGGAAAAACAACAGUACCACCUGGUGGUUGAAGUUCGAGCAGGAGAGGCCACCAGCGAAGCCAAGGUCGACGUCAGGGUGUUGGACGACAAUGACCACGCCCCCGUCUUCCCAAGGGCGCUUCACGAGACGCAGAUCACCGAGGAGGACGACAGACAUCUGCCUAAGACCAUACUCACGCAGGUGACGGCUACAGACUUAGACGGGGGUGAAUACGGACAGCUUCGAUACAGUCUGACAGGGGAUGGAGUCUACAGCAACGGCACGAGAUCCAGUUUCGCCAUAGACGAGAACACCGGUGCUAUACAUCUCCUGAGGCCUCUUGACCGUGACCCGCCCAACGGAAGGUCACAGUGGCGCCUGAGGGUCAAAGUGACGGACGGAGAGUACGACGCUUACACGGCAGUGCACGUUAACCUGAAGGACAUCAAUGAUAACGCCCCAUUCUUUCCUAUUUCGACGAUUAAUGCCACCAUCUCCGAAAACACGCCCGAGGGGGCAUCCGUGGCCCAGGUGUCAGCCACGGACAACGACGACCCGCGCGAGGGGCACAAUGCCCGCCUGGUGUACUCCCUGGAGAAGAACGUCAUAGACGAGGCCUCCGGGAGGCCCAUCUUCGCCGUGGACAGCGAUUCGGGUCUUAUCACGACCGCCCUCUGCUGCCUCGACAGGGAGAAGACCCAGAGGUACUCGAUCCAGGUGGUGGCUACAGACGGCGGCGGACUGAAAGGGACAGGCACAGUGUCCGUCGAGGUCUCCGACGUGAACGACGUCCCCCCGCGGUUCUCCAGGUCGGAGUGGACCCUGGAUGUGUCCGAAAGGCUGACCCCAGACAACGUCCUGGCUACACUGACGGUCAUCGACCAGGACGUCUCGAAUAAUUUCACAUUUAGGGUCGUACCUGGCAGCGGGCGAGGCUGGGAGAUGUUCAGAGUAGACGGACGCAAGACAGGCACCCCUGGCGGGGACCUGAGAGCUGUGGAGCCCUUGGACUACGAGAACGAAGAGCACAGAAAGGGAUUCAAGUUCAAGGUUCAAGUCUCCGAUAUGAUGUCGCCCUUUCAGGGCGACGAAGGCUGGAACGACAUGUACCACGUCGACGGGGCAUGGGUCAACCUCAAUUUGGUGGACGCGAACGACAAUGCCCCAGUCUUCACCCGGGACCACGCCCACUUGACCUUGGCCGAGGACACUCCCCCAGGGACGUUGCUUGCCACCUUCACAGCUCACGACAUUGAUGGGGGAGGGAAAAGUCGGGUAAGUUACUCCGUCGCGCCAGCGAGCGACCCUGGUGGAAUUUUCGGCGUCGACAGGUCCGGAACGGUCCGGCUGGUCGGUGGCCUGGACAGGGAGACGGCCGACGUCCACAACGUUCUAGUUCUGGCUACUGACGACGGUAUUCCUCCUAGGACGACGACGGCUACGCUUUCGGUAAACGUCACAGAUGUUAACGACAACCCGCCGUUCCUAGCGAAUCCGCAAGAAGUCCAGGUCCUGGAGAACGCCAAGCCAAAGGUCGUGGCAGAGGUCAAACUAGGUGACCCCGACGACUGGCGGGAAGGGCACGGGCCGCCCUUCACGAUAGCCCUCGACCCGAGGGCGCCGCCCCACAUCAAGUCGGCUGUCAAAGUUCGAUUUGAGAGAAGAGGCGACGAAGGCCGAGGCAUGGGCGUGGUGUCGACGAGGAGCGCCCUCGACCGGGAGGAGCGACGCGCCCUUUUAGUUCCUUUGCUGGUGGGAGACGCGGGGUCCCCGCCCCUCUCUGCUACCGUUACCUUGACGUUGCAUGUCGCCGAUCUGAACGACAACCCGAUGGCGCCGGCGUCCAAGAUCAUAACUGUACAUACGGUCCAGCCCCAGGCGACGGAGGUGCCAUUGGGUAGGAUAUACGUGAAGGACCCCGACGAUUGGGACGCAGCGUCCAAGACCUACAAGUGGAAACAGCAGCAGCACCCGAAUUUUUCGCUCAACGCCAAGACUGGCGAUCUCUCCAUGAAGCCUGCUACCAAAGAUGGAAGUUACGACCUCGGCUUCUCCGUCAGCGACGAAAGCCAAGGUCAGUCAGGGGUCAGCGCUAAUGUCACCGUAAGGGUCAAAUCUUUAAGUUACCGGGAGGUGAAAGCUGCCACGCCCAUAACUCUGGCCAUUAACCCUUACAGGAUUGUCAGGGAGGAAAAGAACGACAUGAACCUUCUAGACUACCUGGUGUCCAUGGUGAGGGAGUGGGUCUCCUUCAGCAAGGAGGAGGUUGAAGCAGUGUCCGUCCAACAAGUCAAAGGUCCUCCCACUCCCUCAACCAGGAUCUGGCUCACCUCUCCUUCUCCUACCAACCUCCACCACAUCCUCCUACACAGGAAACAGGAGCUGGAACACGCGAUGGGCGUGAGCGUCCUCGACGUGGGCGUGGGGGCGUGUAAGGAGAACUCCCACGACCAGUCUAGCAUCUGCAGGGAGGGCUGCUCUGCUCGCGUGUCCCUGGGCAGCGGUUUCUCCGUCGUCGAUGCCAACACUUCAGCCCUCGUGGGUCCUUGGGUCAACAUCCAGAAUGGCUGCAGCUGUCAGAGUCCGCCCGAGUUCGAAGACGGCACCUGUUCCCCAGACACCUGCUUGAACGGAGGCAGAUGUAUUCCCACUGAUACUGGAACUAGGUGUAUCUGUCCUCACGGAACCACCGGCUCCAGAUGCAAAGUCCUCAUCCGUCACUUCGAGGGUGGAGGCGGGAAAGGUGGAGGGACAGGAGGAGGUGGGGUAGGAGGAGUGGGGGGAGGAAGUAGCAGUAGUUCUGGAGGGAGACCAAUGGCAUCCUCGGGGCAUCAUCCUCAGCAGGGCGCAGGAGGAGGAUGGGCAUGGGUGCCGUCCAUACCCUCGUGCGCAGACAUCCACAUCAGCCUAGACUUCUUCACCAGCAGCGAGGACGCCACUCUCCUGUACUCUGGCCCAGACCACUUGGUCAUGCCCUCCGCUACCUACAGCGACAUGUUCUCCCUCGAACUCCGAGGAGGUCGGCCCUCCCUGCUGCUCGACCUCGGAGCCGGGCCUUCGGUGCUCAACCUCAACGCCUCCUACUCGCUCGCAGAUUCGACGUGGCACAGACUCGACGUCAUCUGGAAGGACGAGCUGGUGGAAAUGAUCGUCGACCUGUGUUCCGGUGGGAGCAUAGACGGCCCUCCCCCUAGACCUUCCUCAAACGCUUCCUCAUCCUCCUCAUCCUCCUCGUCAACGCCAACACUCUCUCCGCCCAUCCCCCCGGACGCCCACACGUGCAGAGGAGCGGCGAGGCUGCCGAGGGGCGCCAAUCUCCUGAACACAGCUCAACCCCUUCAGGUGGGCGGGCUCUCACACCCGCCCCCUUCCCAGACGGCUCACGGCUGGCCCACGGCGGUGUCUGGGCUUCCCCUCAGGGGUUGCCUGAGGAAUUUGAGGAUCAACGGAGAGCUAAUAGACCUAGGCAAUCAAAUACUCAGUGAAGGCAGCUCGCCCGGUUGUCCGGCUGUGGAGUGCGAGUCAAGUGGUCUCAGCUGUGGAGUGCAUGGAAGGUGCCACGGUUCUCCUGGGUACCUCAGGUGCGAGUGCCAGCCCGGGUGGUCUGGCACCCAGUGUGCCACCACUUCCACGCCCGCGUCGUUCCAGCUGAACAGUUAUGUCAAGUUGGCGUUGUCCUUCACGCCCCUAGCUUACACCACCACUUUACAUCUCAGAUUCCGAACCUUCACGCUACGAGGGGAACUUUGUGGUCCUAUCAUCCCAACACGGGCGUGACAGACUCGCCCUGGAGCUAGUAAACGGGCGUCUAUGCCUCGUCCUGCAACUCCACCCGGAUCCACCAAGGUCCCUGUGCCUGACGAAGGCCCAACUGACGGACGGGCGUUGGCACACCCUUACUGCCUCUCGGAUGCAUCGACGACGUCAGGAUCUCCGGCAAGAGCGUCCCGCUCCCUCCUGCCGUCAACGGGACGCCCUGGGGGCAAGCCAGUAUGUUCAAGGGCGUGGAGCGCGGCUGCAGGGCUCCUCCCGCCUGUACCAACGUCUCCUGUAGGGCGCCUCUCACCUGUAUAGAUACCUGGAGGAGUUAUCACUGCGG